GAUCACAGCGCCUGAGACCAGAGCAUCGCCCGCGCCGCGCCGCGCCUACUCCUCGCCUAUCUUUCGGAUAAUAGAUUUGACGAUUUUGUGAAGUGAUAGUGAUAUCUCAAAAUGCUGCACUAGAUUCAAAUUGAGCCAAAGAUUAAUUGAGAUUAUUUAACAUUGUUACCCAGAUUCAGUACUAGUAUGGAGUCGGAAACGAACACAACGGUGGGUGAUGGCGAAAAUCAACAGGAAUUACAAACCACUACCGAGGCUCUACAACUCGUAAAACAUGAAGAGAGAAACGAGAUAGAUCAGUCUGCAAACAGGACUACGAGUUCUCCGGCCGAUACCGCGGUCGACCAACAGCAUUCCCCGCAUCCGCAGUCGCAGUCAGUAAUAACAUCUCGCAGAGCCGUGCGCACUAUCACUGCCGCUGGACACAUCACCACAGAUGACGUUGACGUCAAUCCUGAAGAUGGCGUCAAAGACGAGCCCCCCGAACCACCGCCGGUAGAACAUGAACAGCAUUCCAUGCACCAAUAUACACCAAAACUGGAAGAAAACGAGGCACGGAAUGUUGCGCAGCAACACUACGACGAAGAAAGGCUACGUUUAGCCGAAGCAGAAACAGCUCGAUAUUUAGCUUUUAAACCGGAAUCUUAUAGAUCACUACCGUCCCCAGAUAAACGCAUGCAGGUACAAUAUGCUCGUGCUCCGCAACGCCCUGCAUAUGGUAGGGGACUAUCUUUGCGGUACGGUGCGUCGCAUCAUGUUAUAGUCGCUCAGGAAAAUAAUGCAGAAGAUCACGAUCCGGAUGCUUUCCUAGGACCCAAAGACAAGCCAGAACAAUUACAAUACGCCCAAAAUGAUGACAUCGGUGCCCCGGGCACAAGUGAUGGCAGGCAAUAUGGAGCAGUUUUGAGUGAUCAAGUGUCGGCGUCGUCAUCUCUCGAAAUGAUACAGACGACUUCUUUAAACAGUCAACAAGCAAUCGGUGUUGCGUACCAACAAGUUAAAUAUGAGACCAGAGGAGAACCUGAAUUACGACCGACGACAUAUGCGAGUCUGCAACCAGUAACAUCUGUACACGGAGGCUACGCAUAUGCGGGGCAGAGCCCUCAGUAUGGUGGUGCCGGAGGGUACGGAGCGUACGGUGGCGGAAGCAAGGAGCUGCUUACGCUUUACGGUACGGCCGGCGCAGCGACCUCCGGAGCGAGAGGAGACGAGUCCCCGCCCGGCCAACUCCUCUACCGAAGCGAUCCUACACUAUCUUCAUCGUCUCUGACCACGCGCGGAACGCAUGUCGUGUACGGAUCGGUGGUACCGCAAUCGCAAACAGUUUACGAAGCUCCAGCUAGUCCAAACUCACAACAGGUAACAUUAUAUACUCAUGGUAAUGCUGUACAAUACAAAGUCGCCGGCGAGCACUACCUGGGUCAGGGCGGAGGCGUUGAGUACGUGCCCGUGUCUGGCUAUGACGGCGGCCUGCUUGUGGAAGGCUACGCGGCGCCGUCGCAGCCGUGGCCCGCACACAACAUGCUACCUAUUGACGACGGUUUUGAUGCCAGCAUGGCUGGGAUGGGAGAAGUGAAGGAAUGCGUGAACUGCGCAGCGGCCACCACUCCUCUGUGGCGACGCGACGGCACGGGGCACUACCUGUGCAACGCCUGCGGCCUCUACACGCGCAUCAAUGGUGUUAAUAGACCACCCCUUAAAGGGCAGAAAGCUAAACCUCAACAAGCACUGCCAACAAACGGUAACCGGCGCGUGGGAGUAACGUGUGCAAACUGCCGCACGUCCAACACCACGCUGUGGCGGCGCAACAACAACGGCGAGCCCGUCUGCAACGCCUGCGGCCUCUACUACAAGCUGCAUAACGUGAACCGGCCACUGAGUAUGAAGAAGGACGGCAUCCAGACGCGCAAGCGCAAGCCGAAGAGCAUGGGCGGCGCCCACGGCGUGCCGCGGCCCGGCGGCGCGCUCCCUGUGGAGGCACACUCGCACAAGGUGCUGCCUCCGCUGUACGCGGCGGUGGAGGGCGGCGCCGGCCCGGGGCUGCUGCUGCUGCCUCCGGCGCGACACCACCCCGACAUGAUAUCACCGCUAGACCGGACUGCCGUGACCGUGGCGCCAGCGCACUACCGCCCGCCAUAACGCAUUACCGGACCGGACCUCUAAUUAUUUAUUCGUUUGUUGGCAAGUUGGCAACAAUUUUGAUAACCAUGCACGUAAACGACAUCAUAUUGACCUUACAAAUAACACUUGCAGGCAGGGUUUUCAAAAUUAUUGCCAACUUACGAUGGCAUGACUCUACUAUCAAAUGUUAAUUAUAUUACUAAAUUGCAUUUAUCUUGGUAUAUUAUGGUUAAUGUGUAGCUAAAGGAUAAAGAUAAGUUGUGAAUAAAAACAAAAGUGCCACAAACAUCAUUAGUUUUAAAACUUAACUUAUUAUAAAUAAACUUGGUACUAGAAUUAAUCAAAUUAUUUUAGUAAAAUAGUUCAGUUCAGUAACAAGUUUUGUAUAGGCAUAUAUUUAGCACAUAGUUAGUUACCUAUGUAAUUAUGUUUGUUUACCAAAAAGCACUACAAUUUAAGAUAUCAUUUAAUAUAAUUUAUAAUACUUAUAGAUAAUUUAUAUACGUAUAGAGUAUAGAAUUCAGCUAUGGAAAAGAUAUUAGGCAAAACUAAUUUAAAUAUUUCUAACAGGACCUGAUAUGUAAAUACAGAGCAUUUGGUAUAAUUAUAUUUCACCACCCCAACUGGUUAAGUCUGUUGAUUCUUUGGAAACUAAUGAUAAAGUUGCAUUUUACCCACAAGAGUGCGAAGUAAUUUCAUACAGAUUUUAACGUGUUGUCCAAAUCUGUUUGGCUUGAAGGAAUUGGAAAGUAGUUUUCAGUCAUAAAUAAAUAACAGAUUGAUGGAUUUGAAUCAGUUUGAUGUUUUGGGUUAGUAUUUUCCUCGUGUUGGUGUGGUGAAACAUUAUGUGUUUCACUCGGUGGCAACAUUUGUUUAACCUUCGUGCCUUGAAGCCCUCGCAACUCUCAAGACUCCAUUUCUCGAACCACUCGCUAAGCUCGCGGUUCAAUACUGCAAUCUUCGGCUUCCUUGGGUUUCAAUAUUGGCACGUGCGGUUCAACAACUACUUUCCCCCUUGUAAAACAAAUACCUAACUAUUAUAAUGUGGGUAUUUACACUGUUUGACACAAAUUACUAUUUUAUAAUAAAAUACAUUUGUACAAUGUAAGUCAGGCCGACUUGAACUAUUAGGGGAUUACAUAUAUGAUCUCUUAAAAAUAUUGGUAGACGUAAAUAAGAGUGCGAUGUUUACCCGCGGCAUGCCGUGUGUAAAGAACAUUGUUCCUUAUCAUGGUUGGUUAAUUUUCAGAGCCUGUGUGUACUUUAGGACAGUGUUACAACAUCUCGCAAUCAUACUGCACUCUUCGAUAAAGUGAAUGUUUAAAGGUUCCUUCCUCGUGUCAUUUGAAUACUUAUUUAUUAAAAAUACAAAGUAAUAACCUUAGGAACUUAAUAUAAAACUUCGACGAAUUUAUUACUAGAGACUUUAAUUAAUAAUAAGCUAAUAAGUAAUUUAGAAUAAAUGUUAGUUUUUCCAAUUAUUUUUAUUUAAUGUUGUAAGAAAUAGACGUAGUAAAGUCCCAAAUUGUAAACUAAGUUAGACGAGCUUACGAAAUACAUUAUGGUAUACAU